AUGGCUGUGGGCAAUAUGAAUCACGAAUUCUCGGGAGACCAUCAUGGACAUAGUCAUGGAAGGAAACAUAUGAACGAAAGCAGCUCGCGACAACCUUCCACCAAUAAUCAUGGAAAGAAUCUGAAAGAAUACAACAACGAAGAAGCUACCAGGGAGAAGUUCAAUUUAAAAAACCAAAAUUGGGAUGUUAUAUUCUCUUGCUUCGGCAUUUCGUUUACCGGAUUCUUUUUCGGUUACGACACCGGGACAAUUGGAGGAAUAACAACCAUGCAGGCAUGGCUUAAGCGUUUCGGACAUUACGAUCAGGCAGCAAAUGACUACGACAUGGCCACGCCUUUGAUUGGGAUUAUCGUGUCUGCAUUUCACAUUGGAUGCAUCGUGGGCGGUUUCACUAUCGCAAGGCUUGCAGACCACCUGGGCCGACGUGUGCCCAUUGCUAUUGCUUGUGUCACAUACAUGAUUGGGCUAUCAAUUCAAAUUAGUGCAGGUCAGGGCAAGUGGUAUCAAUUCAUGAUAGGACGAAUGGUAACUGGUCUUACUGUUGGCGCCAACGCGGUUUUGACCCCCAUGUUGCUUUCGGAAAUAGCCCCGCCCGGUAUUCGAGGAGUGAUAGUCAAUUUUUAUCAAAUCAAUACGACGCAUGGCAUUUUAGUUGGAUAUAUUGUGGAUUAUGCGACUAAGUCCAUCUAUUCGGAUGACAGGAUGUGGAGACUACCGCUGAUCGGUGGCUUCGUUUUCUCACUCAUAAUUUUACCUCUUCUAGCAAGGGCGCCAGAGUCUCCCCGGUUUCUCAUAAAGACUAGACGCUAUGAUACCGCUGAGCGAUGUCUAGCCAGACUUAGAGGUCUGAACCUGAGCAAGCUCAAAAACUCAUCUCCAACCACAGAACAGCUGUCCGUUCUGGAGUCAGUCAAUGACGAAUUGCAUUAUUUAAAGGGAGUCAUGCGCUAUCAGGAACAGAGACAGCGGAACGUAAGAUUUUGGCAGCUAUUUUCUAAAAGAUUUCUGAAAAGGACAAUAUCGGGCAUGUGCAUUAUGGGGUUCCAACAAAUGUCUGGUAUAGACUACUUUCUGUAUUACGGGACGAAACUGUUCAAAUCUGUUGGAAUAAACGAUUCUUAUAAAACCUCGAUUGUCUUGGGAGCUAUUAAUGCCGCGAUGACCUACGUGUCUAUUUUUGUCGCAGAUAACCUUGGCCGCAAGAAGGGUUUGUUCAUGGGUUCAGUGGCAUGUUUCAUCUGCCUUUUCAUUUUUUCGACAGUAGGUGUUGUUAUGAUUGACAACGCAGCCGAUCCCAACUAUAAACUCUCUGGAUACAUCAUGAUUGUUUUCACAUGCCUUUUCAUUGUAAUGUUCUGCUGCUCAUGGUCAGCGAUUGCUUCUGUUUUGAUCAGUGAGAUCUUCACUCUGGAGAUCAAGUCUCAAGCAAUGGCUUUCUCGCAAGCAUUCAACUGGGGUGCUAACUUCUUCAUUGCCCUUUGUACCCCAAUAAUAACGGCUCGCAUCGGAUAUGCCUUCGGAUACGUCUUUGCAGGUUGCAUGUUUGUGGCCAGUAUCUUUGUUUAUUUUCUAAUUCCCGAGACUAAGGGUCUGACUUUGGAAGAGAUAGAUGACAUAUAUGAUAAGGAGAAUUGA